UCUUGACUCGAUGUUAUCCAGUUUUCGUUCGCCAAUUGCUUCAACCUUGUUCUGGUUAAUUAUAUAAAACAUCGAGCCGACCGCCGGAUUCAUCCAAGAACUCUCAAGUGAUUUCAUACGACGAUAAAGGACGAAGAGAUUAUAAAAAAAGGCUUUCUGCAGAAAACAAAAUCGAUCAGAGUUGUCAUCGUUCAGUUACGUUCAGUGACGUAUCUUAAAAUCCAAUAAGAGAAUAACGAUAAACCUUCGAGCACAUAACUGAUUUUGAUAAAAUCCAAAUAGCAAUCUAUCGUUCAGUCCAGAAGUUAAUACCUAGAAUGUCUUUAACUGCUGAUAAUUGCAAGGUAGUGUACGUGCGUCUGUUAUGGCCGGCCGGACAGCAGACAAAUCCAGAUAUCCUAAAACUCGCAGCAAAAUUUAAUAGUGAAGAAUUUUCUGUUUGGGUCAAGUCUACAAAACGGAUGUGCAAGAACACGUCACUAUAUGCGAACGGUUUAAGAGUUAAGAAUGGUGAGUUGUUUCUUCUGGGGCAAAGGCUGAAGACUAUUGACUUGAACACUGCUUUAACGAGAUUUUAUCAAUUCAUCACAUCAUCACCGGAGCCAAUUUUACUUGUUACCCACUCUUCAGGAAUCGAGUUACAACUCCUCUCCAGAACUAUUCAAGAAACCACGUCGGCGGAUAUGUUUAAACGUCUUGUUCUACGUGUUGUCGAUACCGUACCGAUAUUUAAAAAAAAGUUUCCGAGUCUAAAGGGCGAAAGUCAACUUACCCUCGAAGCUUUAAUCUCUUAUAUUACGGGAAGAAGAAAAAAAACCGAAAAUAUAGCCAUGCUGACAUCAUAUCAUUUGGACUGCCUGAAAUGGCUGGUAACCAGUAACUCCGUAUCAGUAUCUGAGUUGAUUGAGAACAGCGAAUCUUGUGAAAAUUGGUUACUGAGUUUUCUAUAUCCAUUACCAUUAUUCCGUAGUGUACUAAAUAUGAAAGACUUGAUCCCACAAAUUGGUCAUUAUACUGUAAAAAAACUAAACAACGCAAAUAUUUCAUUGGCGACAUUGAAAGAGUUGUCCCAACAAGAUGAUCCCGAAAUACUCCGAAGAUACAUUGAAAAACGUUGCGCUGAGAAAACAGGUGAAAUAAUUUCAUCCGAAAGAAUAUUGGAUAUAUUUAAUUUGUUGAAUAAAUGCCGUCCACAUGGGCACGGAGAUCAUUCACUUAACACAGGGCAGGAAGGAUCCGUCGCUAAUGAACCGGGUUCAUCUAUGACACUACACGGAGAACAAUACAACGAUUAUUCACUUCUCAGACAACAUGAAGAACUUGUUGAUGAUCCGGAUUCGGUUAUGGAAGAACUGGAAGCACCAUACGACAGCGAUCAUUUCCGUGUUAGACAGGAAACACAACGUGCCAACUAUUCAUCAACCGGAGAUCAGGAAAACUCUAGCGAUAUUUUGGAUUUAUUGACAGAAGAACAAGGAGAAAGAUCCGAUUACAAUAAUUAUCCAUGGAGUUUCGUGCCGGGAGAACUUGCCCAUUCCAUGGAUUUUCACACAGAAGGACAAGAAACAGUCAACGAUAAUCCAUUCCCUUCCCAAUACAAUGAGCCUACUAUGGACUGGAAUUCGUUUGUAGAAGUACAGGAAACCCCAGGUGACGGAACUUAUCCAUUCACCGGUGAAGAGGAAGAACGCCUCGCUGAUGCGUACUCAAUGAUCGAAGAAUCAGGAGCACUAUACGACAACGAUCACUCACUCACGGACAUCAGAGAGAACGAGGAGCAGCCCACGAUUAUCAAUUCCAUUAAUGAUCAGGGUAAAAGGGACCGAGAAUUGCUUCAAGAAUGGCAUGAGAAGUUCGAUCCUUUUUACUGAAGGAAUUACUGACAGCAAUAAGUACGUGAUUGAUUAUUUAGAUAAACGUGCUUGAUCGUGGAAUGAUCUACCUUAACACAGUCUAAUUAAGAAAAAUGUAACAGUACCCAAUUUCAUAAACAACUUUGACCGAUUAAUUGACCCGUUUUAAGGAAAUUGUCAACAUCAAAUGUAUCGAACGGAAAAAAAAAAUACUAAACUACCACUAAAAUUCUACUAAAAUACUAAAAGAGGUAGGAAAGUAAGAACCAUCGUGUCAAAUAUAACCAUUAUUAUUUAUUAUUAAUUAAUUA